UGGGAGAGGGAGGGAGGGGGAAGGAGGGGAAUUUCCAACCUGUGGAACUUCGGGGGUCCUGAGGUUUUGUCCUUUCUAUUGGCUGUGGACUGUGCAAGGCGCGGGGCCUCUGGCGGCUCGUGGAGUUGUUGGGGCCCUCAGGGCGAGAGAGGGAAAUGUCAGUGUGAUUUGGGUCCGGGACGUCCGAAUUUAGGAUCUUGAGGCCAUCGAGGUUCAGGUACCGAGGAGAGGGACCUCGGGCAGUCAUGAGGGACAGAACCCACGAGCUGAGGCAGGGGGAUAACAGCUCGGACGAGGAGGACAAGGAGCAAGUCGCGCUGGUGGUGCACCCGGGCACUGCCCGUCUGGGGAGCCCGGACGAUGAGUUCUUCCAGAAGGUCCAGACAAUUCGGCAAGCUAUGGUCAAGUUGGAGAGUAAAGUACGGGAGUUAGAGAAGCAGCAGGUCACUAUCCUGGCCACGCCCCUUCCUGAGGAGAGCAUGAAGCAGGACCUGCAGAACCUGCGUGAUGAGAUCAAACAGCUGGGGAGGGAGAUCCGAACACAGCUGAAGGCCAUAGAGCCUCAGAAGGAAGAAGCUGAUGAAAAUUGUAAUUCUGUCAACACAAGAAUGAGAAAAACCCAGCAUGGCGUCCUAUCCCGGCAGUUUGUGGAGGUCAUUGACAAGUGCCACUUGGUGCAGUCUGAGUACCGGGAGAAAAAUAUGGAGCGCAUUCGCAGGCAGUUGAAGAUCACCAAUGCUGGAUCGGUGUCCGAUGAGGAACUGGGACAGUUGCUGGACAGUGAUCAGAGUGAGGUGUUCAUAUCCAACAUACUAAAGGACACAAAGAUGACCCGACAGGCCCUCAAUGAGAUUUCAGCUCGGCACAGCGAGAUCCAGCAGCUAGAGCGGAGUAUCCGUGAGCUUCAUGAGAUCUUCACUUUUCUGGCUACUGAGGUGGAGAUGCAGGGGGAAAUGAUCAACCGGAUUGAGAAGAAUAUUCUGAGCUCAGCAGACUAUGUAGAACGAGGGCAAGAACAUGUCAAGCUAGCCCUGGAGAACCAGAAGAAGGCGAGGAAGAAGAAAGUCAUGAUUGGCAUCUGUAUAUCCAUCACGGUCCUCAUCGUGGUAGUCAUCAUUGGGGUCACCACAGCAAUUGGAUAAUACUACACGUUCUUGGCACUGGGAGCACCAGGGACCCAAGGCCUGGCCUUCUCUUCCAGCAGCUGUGGGGGCAGGCAGAGCCUUCUGCAGACCCCAUCCUCACUCACACUGGGCCCUAUGCAGAGGGGCUGAUUGCUCCUCUGGAGUUGGCAGCUGCUCAUUCAUGGGGGCCUCUCCCAUCAGUGCACUACCAAGGCGAGGGCCUACAGCAUCCUGUUUGGUUGAGACACAUGAUUUUGUAAAAAAAUUAAAAAAAGAAAAGAAAAAACAA